CACGUUACAGUGAAGAUCUUGUUUAGGUGUCUUGAGUGGAAGUGUUUUAAUCUGAAGUAUGGUGUUAGUUGAAGCAUGGAAAGUAUAUUUUAAAGAAUUAAACGUUACAAUGGAAGUGAAUGAGAUUGUUAAUAGUGAUUUUUAACCAGCAGAAAAAGGUAGCUGUGCCAUUUCUGGGUCUCAGAGGUACUGCGCAUCAUUUGGGAGCUUCAGUGCCCUAAGCUAUGACCUUCACCCUGCAGGAACACGCUGUUGAUGCUAUCGUUUGUGUUUAUGAUGAUGUAUUAAGCUACAGUUGAUAAUAUACAGAAAGAUCAAGAUGCUAAGUGGAUAUUCUGUUGGGCAGUUGUCUUUGCUGAUCUCUGGUGGCAAUGGUGGUAAGAAAAAGAAGAAAAAGGAUAAAUCUGCAGCCUUAUUUGAAAACAGCCCAAGUUGUGGCAAGAAGAAAGACUCAUUUCCAGGCCUUUUCAACUCAAACACCCGCACCAUGAAGAAAGAAGAUAAUUUUACAGUUACAGUCAAAAAUAGCGCAAUAACUGCAUCAAAGGCCAAACUUUUUGAAGCAGCAUCAAAGCAUACUGAUACACAACCCAACAGAGAUGUAAAAUUUGUCAAAGAUAAAAUAAAAGAGGCGAAGACAGUACAAGAGACAACAAAUGUGACAAGGAAAGUUCAUGAUAACCCCCUACAUGUGAGUUUGCAUGGUGGAAGGGAUUCUACAAAAUCUAGUAAAUCAAAGAAGAGAAAACUUGAUGAUGAUGAGCCACAGACAGUAAAGAAGAGGAAUAAAUACAAGCCAGACAAACAAAAAGAUUCAAAAACCAUCUUUGUGGGUAAUUUACCUGCCAAGAUUAAGAAAAAGGCAUUGGAGAAAAUGUUCAAGAAAUAUGGAAAUAUAGAAAGCAUCAGAUUGAGAAAUGCUGUUUCAAGUGACCCUAAGGUUUCCAAGAAACUGGCAGUUAUUAAGAAAGACUUCCAUCCAAACAAGAAGAACAUCAAUGCAUAUAUUGUGUUUGAGGAAUGUGAGCAAGCACAGAAUGCACUCAAAUGUAAUGGGGAAGAAGUUGAAGGGAACCACAUAAGAGUCGAUUUGUCUUCUGCAGCAAAGGAGCAUGACAACAGAAGAUCAAUUUUCCUUGGCAAUCUGCCAUUUGACAUAAAUGAAGAUGAAGUGUGGGAAGAGUUUGAAGAUUGUGGUAUCAUAGAAAAUGUGCGUAUUGUUAGAGAUGGAAAGACUGGCAUUGGUAAAGGAUUUGGAUACAUUUUAUUCAAGAGUCCCGACUCUGUUUCUCUUGCACUGAGGUUGAAAAACAAGCAAUUGAAGGGAAGGGAGGUUCGAAUAUCUUGCUGCGUCAAACAAGAGAAAGUACUCAGAGUUUCCAAGGAAAAGAAAAGAAAAAUUGUAAAAAACCCACAAGGACAUAGUAACUCUAACAUCCUUUUCAAAAGUAUACAAGGAAAAAACCUGGAUGUGAAGGACAAACAAGCAAAAAUGAAACAAAAAGGAAAGAAAAAGAAGCACCACCUUUUAAACAAACAGAAGAAAGUUGUUGCUGAUAUACUUCUUGGGAACAAGGCUUACAAAGAUAGAAAACCAUUUAGUAGUAAAAAGAAAAUUUAUGGUAAGGGAUACCAUAAUGUUAUGAGUGCUCAGAAAAGAAUUUUGAAAAAAGCCAAGAAACAAAAAAAGUAGACUUUACAAAAGUUUUAAGGGAUAAGAAAUUUAUUUAUUCUUGUAAGCCAUUGAUGGCAUGAAGAAUUGUCAGCAGUGUGGUCAUCUUAUUUUCUUUUACCUCAAUAACUGAGAAUAGUCGGUAUCCAUUCAACCUGCUGGAAUCAUUCCAAGAUGUGGAAUGCACAAUCUUGCAAGGUGGGCUUCCUGGAAUAGUGUGUUCAUUUGAAAUAAGGGUCAGAACCAGCAUUUGGCUUAUUACAGUUUUUCUCAAUCAUAUCCUGCCCCACCCCUUAUUUUUAUUGCAUGAAUUUACAGACAUAAGCUUUUUUCACAGAAAUGCAGAAUUCGAUGUUUUUUAAUUCAAUACAAAAGUCAUAUGGUUCCUGAGAUUUGUUUUGUCCGAGAUUCAAUAAAUGUUCAGAGGUUUAUGUCUGAAUUUACUUGUACUGGAACACUACUGUCAUAUCUGAAAAUGGUGUUACCAUCUUCCCCAGGCUUUGAGUAAUCAGUGAUGCUUACAUACAGGUCUGGUUUGAAAACAGAUAUUGAUCAGAUAAUUUCAACUUUUGUCAAGGGGGUUGAACUGCCAAGAAGGGAGUGCAUCGAGUUGAUUGAUAUUCCUGACAUUUUGAUUCUUUUGUAAUUGUCUGCAUUACCAAUUGGCCUUGUGGUCAGCGUCCACCUCUGGAGCAGGAGGACGCGGGUUCAACCCCAUCCUUGAUAGAUGGUACCUGCUGUCUCCCUUGCUGCACAUUUCAGACAAAGACAGCCAUGGUAUUUGUAACUUGCAGGGAUUAUUUAUUAAAAGAGAAAUUAUCAGAAUUUUCCAUUUUUUCAACAUAUACUUUGUUCUUGGGAGUUCAACCACUUCAAUUGUAGUUCUUGCAGUUCCUAACUGUAGCAGUCCUUUUCAUUGUUGCAGUCUUUUUUUCUGUGACUUGAUGUUUUUUACAGAAACAUCUCCUUUUAAAGUGGUUUUACCUAUAUUCAUCCUGAGCCUGAUACUGGUUCUUGCCUGGACAUUGUCAGUUUAAGCUGGCUGGCAUUAAUAGUAUCCAGUGAAAGAGAAUUGUAAUUUAAAAAAAAAUUAUCUCAUAGCUUUAAGUCAAAACUGUCAGAAAGAAGUGUAGAGUUUCACACUUAAGGAACAUAUUUUAUGAGAUAGUUACAAAGACGAAUCUUGCGAUAUAUAACACAAUAAUUCUAAGAAACAAGAGAAAUAAAGCAUAACAUUAUAAACAAA